AAGCAUUUUUUUCUGUAGUGUCCUACCCAGAUCCUCUCUUUCUCCGCCACCGCUUUCCGCUCGAUUUCAAUUGCUCCGAGCUUCGAAAAUGGCAGCAAUAUCAGGGAAGGUUGUCCAACACGUUCUGGUAGCACAUUGCUGCCAGCAGAAUAGGCAGUUAAGCACCCAAUACAGAAAGGAUUGUUGUACCCCUUAUAGGCACAAUUUUCUUCCCCAUAUAAGAGGGAAGUUGACAUCGACUGACAUCUCCACCAUCCAACUCCGCACAUUCUCAAAAUUUAACCGAGGAAUUGUUUGCUGCAAUGCAGCCUCAUCGGCUACUAUCAUACCAUCUAUCGACAAAGGUGCUUUUCUCAAGCUUCAAAACGGCAGCGAUAUUCGAGGUGUUGCUAUCGAUGGUGUUGAGGGUGAACCUGUUAGCCUCCCCGAACGAGUUACAGAAGCAAUCGCAGCUGCUUUCGCUGCAUGGUUGCUGGAUAGAAAGAAACCUGAUGCUUCUAGAAGGUUGAAAGUUUCAAUAGGCCACGAUUCACGAAUAUCCGCACAGAAGUUACAGGAUGCAGUAUCUCGAGGUCUAGAUGCUGCUGGAGUUGAUGUGAUUCAAUAUGGAUUAGCAUCCACACCAGCUAUGUUCAAUAGCACUCUUACUAAAAACAAAGACAUUUUCUGUCCAGUUGAUGGAUCUAUAAUGAUCACAGCAAGCCAUCUUCCCUACAAUCGUAAUGGAUUUAAGUUCUUUACGAAUGCUGGUGGGCUUGGGAAAGUGGAUAUAAAAGAUAUAUUGGAGCGCGCUGCUGACAUAUACAAAAAUUUCACAGAAGAAGGUCUGAGGGACCCACAAUCUGUGAAAAGAGUGGACUACAUGGCUGUUUAUACAUCUGAUCUGGUUGCAGCUGUUCGGAAAGCUUCAGGGGACAUAGAGAAGCCACUGGAGGGAUUCCAUAUAGUUGUCGAUGCAGGAAAUGGAGCUGGAGGGUUCUUUGCUGGAAAGGUGCUCGAGCCCCUGGGAGCUAUUACUUCUGGAAGCCAGUUCCUAGAGCCAGAUGGAACUUUCCCCAAUCAUAUUCCUAAUCCUGAAGAUAAAGAAGCAAUGGAAGCUAUCACUCGGGCCGUACUCGACAAUAAAGCAGAUUUGGGCAUCAUCUUUGAUACUGAUGUUGAUAGAUCUGCUGCUGUGGACUCCAGUGGUCGUGAGUUAAACAGGAACCGUUUGAUAGCCCUUAUGUCUGCUAUUGUCUUGGAGGAACACCCCGGGACUACUAUUGUCACUGAUAGUGUUACAUCAGAUGGAUUGACUACGUUUAUUGAAAAGAAACUAGGUGGAAGACACCAUAGAUUCAAAAGAGGCUACAAAAAUGUGAUUGAUGAAGCCAUUCGUUUGAACUCCGUAGGAGAGGAAUCACAUUUGGCUAUCGAAACCAGUGGGCAUGGAGCUCUUAAGGAGAAUAAUUGGCUCGAUGAUGGUGCAUAUCUCAUGGUGAAGCUUUUGAAUAAACUCGCAUCAGCCAAGGCUUCUGGAUUAGGGGCAGGCAGCAAAGUUCUGACUGACUUGGUUGAAGGUCUAGAGGAACCGGGUUUUGCAGUCGAACUGAGACUUAAAAUCGACCAAAAUCAUGCAGAUCUUAAAGGAGGAUCUUUCCGUGCGUAUGGAGAGGCUGUGCUACAGCAUUUGUCGAAUAUCGUCGAUUCAGAUCCAAAACUCGAGAAAGCCCCCGUUAAUUACGAAGGGAUAAGGGUGUCUGCGUUUGGUGGAUGGUUCCUGUUGAGACUAUCACUUCACGACCCCGUUUUGCCCCUUAAUAUCGAGGGACCAAAUAAAGAAGAUGCCGUAAAGCUAGGUCUCGCUGUUCUUUCUGCUGCACGAGAGUUUCCAGCUCUUGAUACUUCUGCUUUGGACAAAUUUGUCCAAGUGUAAUUCCUAAUUUGCUUAAGGUCUGUUUGGAACAAAGUGCUUCUUAAGUCUUUUUAAUUGUUGUAGUCAUAUAUUGCAAUGUAAUCAUAGUAUGUUACUAUCAUCUGGCUUUGAAAAUACGGUAGAUGUCGAUUAUCGUAAACAUACUGUUUUGGGAGUAGAAGCUAUACGAGAGAUGGCCACCAUGUUUUGAGGUUCAAUAAAUACUUCGAGAGGGAUCAGACAAGCUCUCAAACACGACAUGAUUUUUUUUAGAAU